CUGCACAUCUACAAUCUGUGCAUUCAGCAAUGCAGAGUUCCAAGACUAUGGCAGUGUGCUGUCAUAAAGUUAAUUCCUAAACCAGGAAAAAGUAUCCCUUCUGACCCGUCUACCUUCCGACCAAUUGCUUUGACUUCUGUAGUUGGGAAGGUGUUCACGUCAUUCAUCAAAGACACUCUGUUUAAGCAUCUCAUAUCUAAUGGAUAUCUGGAUACAUCGAUCCAAAAGGGGUUCAUCAAUCACGUCAGCGGGUGUCAAGAACAUCAGUUCAAAUUGGUGGAGGCUAUCAGAGAUGCGAAAGCCAAUCAGCGGCUUCAAACCAUUCUAUGGAUUGACUUGCGUAAUGCUUUUGGAAGUGUUGAUCAUAACUUAAUCCGCUUUGCAAUGUCCCAUUACAAUUGUGGUGAUAUGGUGACAAAUCUCAUUUCCAAUAUAUAUUGUGGUCUUCGCGCAGUCAUUUGCACAGAUGACUGGUGUACUUCCAAUUUUCCUUAUGAGGUCGGUGUAUUUCAAGGGGAUCCUCUGUCAGUGGCUAUUUUUGACAUGGUUUUCAACCUUUACACUGAUGCUUUAGAAUCUCUCGCUCCAACUUGUGCCUAUCAGUUUUCGUCAGUGGCUCAAAACUCUUUCUUGUGUAGUUUUGCUGAUGACGCCGUCGUAGUCACAAGAGGUCCACAUGAAAUUAAUGCUGUGUGCAAGCGAACAGACCAAUUCCUCGAAUGGUCUGGCCUAGAAGUCAAUGCAGCAAAAUGUUCAACUUUUUCACGUCGGAGGCUGAUUCAUCCAACUGUCUUUGACCCGGAAAUCUCUAUACAAGGGCAAAAGAUUCCAUUCUUGUCACACAAGAAAAGCUACAAGUACUUGGGUCUUCCAAUUGCGUCUGAUCUGUCUCAUGCCGACAUUUCAAGAGAGCUUCUGGAGACUACUAAGAAUUUAUUGAAUAAAGUCGAUCAAACAGCCGUUUCCCGAAUGAAUAAAUGUCUUCUCUAUAAGAGAGCGGUGCUACCGCGGCUUUCAUGGUUACUGAGCAUUGCAUCUAUUCCUUUGUCAUGGAUCGAGCAAUCAUUGGACAGUGUAGUCACGAAAUUCUUAAAAAAAUGGGUCGGUCUUGCUCAUUCAGCAGCUGUCUCUCGCCUUUUCCUUAACACCAAGAACGGCGGCCUCCAACUUGGCCAACCGUCAGAUUCUUUCAAGAGACUACAGUCUUGCAACCUGCUUCGAUUUACUAAAUCAAAUGACGAAUGCUUGAGAGCCCUGGCAACUAUAAAGAUUUCAAGAGAGACUGAGUUGUCAUCAACCAGAUUUAGUGCCGGCAGUUUCUUGGCAACUCUUGAUACUUCGCCUGGGUGCCUGCAAUCAAAAAUAAAGAACAUCAAAAAGACGAUUACGGAAUCAUCAAAUAAUCGUCAUUUGUCACAUCUUACCUCCCUGUCUGUACAAGGUCAAGCGGCUCGAUUCAAGGACGUGGAAGCUGAGCACUUUGCCUUGUCCCUAAAAUCUCUACCCGAUGACUUGUUCAAAUGGGCAAUAAAUGGACUCCAGAACACCCUCCCAUCAGCAACCAACUUACAGUUGUGGAAGAAAAUUUCGUGCAAUCAAUGUCCUCUCUGUCACCAACCCCAAUCGCUGUGCCACGUGCUAAAUGCAUGUCCCAGUCUACUUGAUCGAGGUUUGUACAAACAGAGACACGACAAUACGCUGAGACUAUUUGUGGACUUUCUAAAACGUCAUCUUAGUCAACAGUUUUCCAUAGUAGCCGACCUACCAGAAUCAGUAUACAAUUUUCCUGUCGAUAUAACCUGUACCUGCCUUCGUCCAGACAUUGUUGUUUGGAAUGCCGUCCUCAAAAAGGCCUGGAUGCUUGAGCUGUCGGUCCCAUUCGAAACAGUCGUGGAAGAAACGAAGGCCCGGAAAGAACGCCGCUAUGCCCAACUUGUCAAAGAUGCUAACCAUCAGUAUAAGACGGAGCUUUUGCAUCUCUUGGUUGGGUCGAGAGGAUUGAUUUUUCCUGAAACUCGACGAGCAGUCUGCAUGUUGUGCAAGCCUCUUCAACGCGACUUGGACGAUCUGUUUCAAGCUGUCAUUCAUUCCACCCUGAAAGACUCUUUUCGAUGCUGGUUGGCAAGAAGAGACAACAUCUCUUAACUUAAAAGUGUUUUUUUUGUUGUUGUAAUUUCUGCUUUUAAUCAUUUGUGAUGUAUAGUCUUCGACUGGACCUCUACAUAGUACUCCAGAACUCUACUUCUGUUAUAGUGCUACCAGUCCUGUAGACGCUUAUUGUACUGUAUCGUUCGGUAUAUUACAAUAAAGGACCUUC